UCUGCCCGCUUGUUCUCCACCAGCCAGCAGAAGCAGUGCUCGGGACCGGAGUGUGAUCGCUGUCCGGACAGCAUAGAUGUGCAAAACCCCUGGAUUAUCCGUGCGCUGGAGAGACCAGAACCGACCACCGUGGAGGACUGUCUUUAUCUAGUCGUCAAAAGGGAAAGAGCCACGGGGAAAGCAUGGCGGUAGAAGAGGAAGGUCUCCGGGUUUUCCAGAGCGUUAAAAUAAAAAUAGGAGAAGCAAAAAACAUCCCUCCGUACCCGGGGCCAAACAAGAUGAGGGACUGCUACUGCACCGUCAACCUGGACCAAGAGGAGGUCUUCAGGACCAAGAUUAUCGAGAAGUCCCUUUGUCCGUUCUACGGUGAGGACUUCUACUGCGAGAUCCCACGUAGCUUCAGACACCUCUCCUUCUACAUCUUCGACAGGGACGUCUUCAGGAGGGACUCCAGUAUUGGCAAGGUUGCAGUGAAGAAAGAGGACCUGCAGAAGUAUCACGGCAAAGACACCUGGUUCCAGCUUCAACCUGUCAGCGCUGACUCAGAAGUGCAGGGAAAAGUGCACCUGGAGCUGCGUCUGAGUGAAGUCAUCACAGACAGUGGAGCCAUCAACCAUAAACUAGCCACAAGAGUGUUGGAGUGCCAAGGUCUUCCAAUCGUCAACGGCCAAUGUGAUCCUUACGCUGCUGUCUCCUUACUAGGACCCUCAAGGUCGGAAGCCAAGAAAACCAAAGUGAAGAGGAAAACCAACAAUCCACAGUAUGAGGAGGUUUUCUAUUUCGAGGUGACGCGGCCGUUAAGCUACACGAAGCGGCAGUUUGAUGUUGAGGAAGAGGAUGUUGACAAACUGGCGCUGAGGGUGGAUCUGUGGAACGCCAGCAACCUGAAAUUCGGGGAUGAGUUCCUGGGAGGUGUGCGAGUUCCUCUGCGGGUGCUGGGUCAGGCCGGGGUCCACGACGCUUGGUACUUUCUCCAGCCCAGAGAGAACGGAGGGAAGUCAGUGAAGGUAGAAGAGCUCGGCUCUCUGCGUCUGAACAUCGUUUACACUGAGGACCACGUCUUCCCCUCCGAGCACUACACGCCCCUCAGAGAACUGCUGCUGCACUCUGCUAACGUAGAGGUGUGUCCCGUGUCGGCGUCCACAGCUCACACUCUGGGGGAGGUGUGUCGGGAGAAACAAGAAGCCGCCAUUCCCCUCGUGCGUCUGUUUCUUCACUAUGGCAAGAUUGUGCCUUUCAUCAGCGCCAUCGCUCACGCCGAAGUCAACCGUACACAGGAUCCUAACACCAUUUUCAGGGGAAACUCACUGACUUCUAAGUGCAUUGAUGAGACCAUGAAGCUGGCGGGAAUGCACUAUCUGCAAGUCACACUCAAACCCAUCAUAGAUGAGAUCUGCACAGAUCACAAACCCUGUGAAAUCGACCCGGUGAAGCUCAAAGAGUCGGAGAACCUGGAGACGAACAGGGAAAACCUUCGUCAGUACGUGGACCGUAUCUUCAACGUCAUCACCACCUCCGGUGUCCGCUGUCCCACCGUCAUGUGUGAUAUCUUCUUCUCUUUGAGAGAGUCCGCUGCCACCCGUUUCCAAGUAGACCAAGAUGUCCGGUACACAGCGGUGAGCAGUUUCAUCUUCCUGCGUUUCUUCGCUCCAGCCAUCCUCUCCCCAAACUUGUUCCAUUUACGUCCGCACCAUCCAGAUCCUGCCACCUCUCGAACCCUCACCCUCAUCUCCAAGACGAUCCAGACCCUGGGAAGUCUCGCCAAGUCUAAAUCUGCCAAUUUCAAAGAGUCUUACAUGGCUGCAUUUUACGAGUACUUCAAUGAGCAGAAAUAUGCGGACGCUGUGAAGAAUUUCCUGGACCUGAUCUCCACCUCUGGCAAAUGGGAUCAGAAGAGUAUUGAAACACCAAUCAUGCUCAAAGAGGGGAGUGUAAAACUCACUAUAAAGAGGGUUGAUGGGAAGGGGUCAAAAGGCACGAAGGGCAGAUUUAUGAUAAAGAGGGCACAAGGGAGAAACCGGUUUGGAAUGAAGAACUUCAAGAAGCGAUGGUUUCGCCUCACCAACCACGAGUUUACCUACCACAAAACGAAAGCCCUGCAAACUUCUGGUGAGAGCGCUCUGUGCAGCAUUCCCAUAGAGAACAUUCUGGCUGUAGAGAGGCUCGAGGAGGAGUCUUUCAAGAUGAAAAAUAUGUUCCAGGUUAUUCAGCCAGAGCGGGCGCUCUACAUCCAGGCCAACAACUGCGUCGAGGCACGAGACUGGAUCGACAUCCUGACCAAAGUCAGCCAGUGCAACCGCAAACGCCUAAGCACCUACCAUCCUUCAGCCUACCUCAACGGCCACUGGCUCUGCUGCAAGCUCUCGGCAGACACAGCCCCUGGGUGUACGCCCUGUACUGGCGGUCUCCCAGCAAACAUCCAGCUUGACGUCGAUGGAGACAGAGAGACUGAGAGGAUUUAUUCCCUGUUCAGCACAUACAUGACCAAACUAAUCAAGAUGCAAGAGGCCUGCGGCAGCAAGUCUGUGUACGACGGGCCCGAACAGGAGGAGUACUCCAGCUUUGUCAUCGAUGACCCCCAGGAGACCUACAAAACCCUGAAACUGAUUGUUUCGGCCGUGCAGACCUUGGAGCAGCAGCACACCAAGUACAAACGUGACAAGUUCAAGAAGACAAAGAUAGGAAGCCAGGAGCAUCCAAUUGGAGACAAGAGUUUUCAGUGCUACAUCCGCCAGCAGUCUGAGAGCUCCACCUACUCCAUCUAGCCCUGUGUACUGUUUCUAUGAUGCCCAGAACCAGCAUAUUUUACUUAACUGCAAAAACAUCCAUCUUAGCAAUGCUCCAUGUCUAGUAUUGAGUUUUAAAUCUUUAUUUUUCCUUAAAACAUUUUUUAAAAAGCCAUUUUUGACUUGUCUCCAAUGCAAAGCAUCCAUGCUUCAACAGGAAUACUUCACUUUUUUAUAGACUUUUCUGGAAGCAAGUGAUGCUGUUUUGGAAACAAGCGUCACCUGACUGGCUUAUUGGUUCAGCGUUAAGGAAAAUAAGAGUUUCAGGAGUCAAUACCAGACUGAGCGAGCUGUCUAGAUGGACUUUUCUUUGCGGUGUCUCAAGAUGCAUCACUCCGACGUUGGAGGACAGACCUCAGAUCAGCAUGGAAAAUGGAGGAACAGUUGUGGAGGGAAGGAGGGAUACGAAUGAAGAGAUAAUCACACCACACGUCUAAUUAGGUCUCCUGUCUGUGAUGUGACGAGAGAACAAACAAACGUUUUCACUGGACAGUUUCUGACAGUGACCGACACGCACUUUAAUCGCCUCCAAAUCUAUGGAUGAACAAGCCUCGCAGCACACUUUUUAAAAAAAAAAGCUUAUUUUAUGUGUUGAUUUGUAUUUUAAUGGUUGACAUGUUGAAAUGUUCCGUUGUAUUUCACUCCAGAGGGAAGGAAGGACUUUAAUUUUUUCCUCUUUGGGCGGUGUUCUUGUCCCCAUAUUUGUUUGUUUUUUUUUCCUUUUGUUUAUUUGUUUGUUUUGUACCCAGCCCCCUCAGGAAGGCUGUGAAGGUCGAGGGCACACAAGGAGGGAUUGUCGGGACCAAGCACAGCUAAGAGCUGCUUGAUGUUAGCGAGCAAUUUCAUCCCUCAUUUUAAUCCUUAUCAUCAGUGUGCUAACAGAUGUGUAGGCGCAAGUUUUCACGUUUCAUUUGAAGCCUUGUCGUGUUUGGAUAUCACGCUUCUGUGUAACCAGUACCGGGGUUAAAGGAAUAGUUUGGUUUCGGAGAGUUCAGACGCUGAGUCAGACAAACCUGUGGAUGCCUUUAUUAUAUCUUUAUGUGUGUCAAGUUGCAGCUUCUCUUUUAAAGGGACAGUUCACCCCAAAAUCCAAAACACACAUUUUCCUCUUAACUUUAGUGAUGUUUAUCAAUGUAGAUUGUUUUGGUGUGAGUUGUCAAAUGUUGGAGAUAUCAGCCAUAGAGAUGUCUGCCU